CGGUUGUACGCCAUCCCCGCCGGACGUUUAAAAAAUAAAACUUUACAAAAUUUGAAUUUAAUAUUCCAAACACGUUUCUUGUGUCUAUUCGAAAUUUAAAAUGAAUCCGUUUAUAUUAAUAUCAGCUUUGGUGACCUCAUAUCUUUGCGUUGUGGUAGCACAGUCAUCAUCGUGCACGACGACGUCGGGUACCGCCGGCAAUUGCAUCUCUCUAUACGAUUGCAGCGAACUUUUUAGUAUCGUUAAUAAUCCUUAUAAAACUAGAAACGAUGUUGAUAACUUGAGACGUUCUGGCUGCGGGUUUGAAGGAAAUACACCAAAGGUAUGCUGUCCAGCAGAAGAAUCACUUUAUCAACGUGGGCAAGACUCAGACCAGUACUUCGAUUUUGAUCCAGGUCCUAUCACCGCAUGCAAUGGAAAACCUGGUGUAGCACCUCCUGACCCUAAAUCAGGUUGCUGUGGGAAGCAGAUUAAAUUGGGAGACAGGAUUGUUGGUGGCGAGCAAACAAACGUAGACGACUAUCCUUGGAUGGCCCUAAUCGAGUACUUGGAUAAUGGCAGAAUCAAGCUUCUUUGCGGAGGGGCUCUCAUUAGCGAGCGAUAUGUGCUCACUGCUGGGCAUUGCGUCGCUGGAGAUAUACUCAAUAGUGGUACACCUCAAAACGUGCGUUUAAGCGAACACGAUACCGCAAACAGAAUUGACGAGCCAGACUGCGUAGCAGUCAGCGCAGGCGGUGAAGACUGUACCUACGGCGCUGUCGUCAUACCUAUUGAGUAUACAAUCCCACACCCCGACUACGACCCUUAUGAUAAGAAAACAAGAAGAAAUGAUAUCGCUUUAGUGAGAACGAGGGAAUCGGCGCCAUAUACUGAUUUCAUCCGUCCAAUUUGCCUACCAACAUCCGAUAUGACUUUAUCACCGCCUUCAGAUUGGCAGCUGAUUGCAGCUGGGUGGGGCGCUGUCAAUAAUACUCACUCGAGUAAUGUAAAGUUGGACGUGAAACUACCGUUUGUUCCCCUUCCUCAAUGCCAAGCCGCAUACUCCGUCAAAUAUCGCAAUCUCAAAUUUUGGAAUCGUCAAAUGUGCGCUGGCGGUGAGAAAGGCAAAGACUCUUGCAGAGGAGACUCAGGAGGUCCUCUCAUGUGGGAGAACCCUGACGGAAACAAGUUCUUUGAGUGUGUGGGGAUUGUCAGCUUUGGAACAUUUCCAUGCGGGUCGGAGAAUGUGCCUGGUGUUUAUACAAAGGUGUACGAGUAUAAUUCUUGGAUCCGUCAGACUAUUAUACCUUAGGAUAUUUACUAUUGAAUUUGAACUUGUCAUGUCUAAGAUUAUCUCGAAUUUUUUCUAUGCACUCUCAUCCAUUAAGCAAUUUAAUUAAUUUGCGUAGUAAUUGACUCAGUAUUGUUAUGUAGUGGAUUAGGAUUGCAAAAAGGGAGUCUGCUCUUUUUAUUAUCGAAAUACAUCUAUGGGUUUCGAUUUUCGUACGAUGAAGGAAACGUUACUCAGGAGAAAUUAAAAAAAAACAUGGAGGUUGGCGAUCGCAAAACAAUUUUUGAUAUUCUCAAAAUCCCGCACAAACAGAAAUCUAACUUCAACGCUCGAAUAUGUUUCAUGAAGCAGUAGGUAUGUGGGAUUUGUUAAAGUAGGGGUUACAUUAUUUUUAGAUAUAGCAAAAUGUUGCCAUAGAAAUAGAAAUAGUAAAUCAUUCAUUCCUUUUAAAAAUAUUAUAUUAAAGAAGGAAGGUGACAUCCCGUGUACUUUGUGACCCAGUGUUUUUGACGACGUGCAUUAAGGAAACCUAUCAACACUUGAGAUUCAUUAUCAAAUAAAAAAAAAUAAAGAACUUGCUGAAUAUUCCUAAAUCUGCCAUAAACAUGUUCUAUCGCAAUGAAACUGAAUAAAAAUUAAAUCUGCCCAAAUGGCAUAAAUCUGCCACAAUGGUUACACUGUUCUCAAUCUCAAAGUGACUUUCACAUUAGCAAGAGGCCUCUUGUCUAAACACUUUUGUCACAUUGUGUUUUAUUCCUAAUUUUACGUCAUUAUUGUUUAAUUGAU